UUUCAAACUAUUGCGCCUGUAAAAAUGGUACAUGCUCAGUGUAAAAUCACGUGCGCGGUACGCGAGACCUUCCUGGUUAUCCGUGCUCGGUCUGGAUGCAAAAAACGCGGCUCAAAACGGCCCCGCGGCGCGCGUUCUCUGAGCAGCACGGUCCGCGCGCCGGGCGGCUGCCGCGCCCAAGCGCCUGCCGCGAGACGCCAGCUGCCCACACACAAAUGCACUCGUGCGCGUGUACUGCCGCGCAAGCUGCGCCGUGUCACGCGCGCCACAAAGGCCGCCGCGCCGCCGCCGCGGACACACGCGCGCCACAAGAGGCCGUCACGCCGCCGCCGCGACACGACAACACCCGCGCAGGAGGGCGACGGCAUCUACACGCGGACGAACGGCGCGGGCCUCGCGUCCCUCGAGGCCGGCGCGACCGUGUCCGUCGUCGGCCGCCUGACGGGCGACAGCAGCAUCGAGACGAGCGACGGCGUGCAGAUCAACCUCGUCGAGCCGUCCGAGGCGGCGCAGACCAUGAUGCCGGCGAGCGGCUGCGUCGAGGUCGUCGGCACGGUCCGCGACACGGGCUCCGUGUCGCCGCUGCGCGUCGCGGCCUUCGGCGACGACUUCGACCUGAAGAACUACGACGACCUCAUCGGCCUGGCGGGCGACAAGUACGCGGCGCUCUUCCGCUAGGCCCUCCUCUCGUGUAAGCACAAUGUUUCC